UUUGGGGUGAAGGGAGGAGUUCCCGCCGCCGCCGCGCGGGGGCGCUGCCCGCGGGCCUCACGCGUCUCCCCCGCUCCUCCGUGCGGAGCUGCCGUUCGUUUGUUGCUCCUGAGUCGACAGUCCACUCUCAGACCCGCAGCGCUCCGCACUGACAGCCGCCUCGAGCCUCCUCCUCCUCCUCCGCUCACCUGCAAACAGAUCCGUCAUCAUGGGGAAGGGGUGCAUGAAGGCUAGCAAAUACUUCCUGUUCAUUUUCAACCUCAUCUUCUUUCUGUUGGGAGGCGUUAUCAUGGGCUUUGGACUUUGGCUGCUCCUGGACAAGCAAAGCUUCAUCGUCGUCAUCAAUAACUCCACAGAAGACGUGAAGGUGGUGUGGUAUAUCCUCAUCAGUGUCGGAGCCUUCUCCAUGCUUCUUGGCUUUUUUGGCUGCCUUGGGGCUAUUUUCGAGAUCCGGUGCGUGCUAGGAUUGUAUUUUACCUGCCUCCUGGUGAUCCUUGUUGCUCAGAUUACAGCCGGCGCUCUCAUGUACCUGCAGAAGGAAAAGGUGAAUGAGCACAUGUCCAAGAUUGUCAACAAGGAACUGGGCAGAUAUGUGGGAAACGGCUCCAGCACCGAGCAGGCCUGGGACUUCAUCCAGAAGAAGAUGGAGUGCUGUGGCUGGAUGGGCCAUGAGGACUGGAAAGAUAAUGCGAUCAUCCUCAACAACUCCCAGUUGCUGUUUCCCUGCUCCUGCCAAAACCUCACCCUGACCUCUGACAACAGCUCUGACAAUGGCUUCUGCGAAGCCCAGACCCCCGACUGGCCCGUCUACAAUGUGGGAUGUUCUGCCACAGUGGAGAACUGGCUCAUCACCAACAUUGGGGUUGUCCUGGGGAUCUGCCUGAGCGUGGCUUUGAUUGAGUUGCUGGGGAUGAUCCUGUCCAUCUGCUUGUGCAGAAACAUUGGCACAGCUGAUUACAGCAAAGUGCCCAGAUACUGAGACCACCUCCUGAAACCCUGGAGAAGCAGAUGGAAAUUCUUCCUACCAAAAAAAUGUCUAAAUGUAAAAUAAGUGUUUUUUCUACUAGCUAGGCUUUGUUACUGUGGACGACGGUGGUGGAGUUUUCACUACAUGCUUAGUUUCCCAUUAAAAUUUGAAAUGUUGUUUCGGUCUGUGAAGAUAGAAAAAUGUCUGAGACACUGGCUGAAAUAUUCAGCUGAUGGACUUUAUCCCUUUCUGCUUGUCGUUCUUUGUAUACACGUUAAGUGAUUAUUUGUAAGAAUCUGAUUUAGUCUUCCAGCUCUCUCAAUGGCAGCUGGAUCCUAUUUGAAUUUCAGUCACAUUUUUAUAAAUGUCCAAUCAUUGUUGAAAUAGAUGUAUUCUAAAAGAUUCCACACUUUUCUGAAAGCAGCUGAUGGACAUUGUUUUAACUCAUUUUAGAAGAGAAAGCCUUCUUUAACCAGCCUUUAACUGCAUUCAUGCUCACAUUUUUAAAUGAAUUGUUGGUCAUUUGGUGACUUUCUCUUUGAGCUGAGGAUUUUUUUUUGUCUUCCUGUAAAGUGUGUAUGGAAACAGCCAUUAACCUUAUAAUACCCAGUGGAGAUUUACAGAGACUUCUGCUGUUGUGAAAAUGUGAUCAUUUGUGUGAACUUACAUUAUGUAGUCAAUAAACUGGUUUAAACUGUCA